GUUGUUUGACGAAGCUGAGUCCUAUACACCGCCCGCUGCUUUCCUGAUCAUGGCUUCUCCGAGUUCCUUCACCUACUAUUGCCCUCCAUCUUCCUCCCCUGUCUGGUCAGAGCCGCUGUACAGUCUGAGGCCCGAGCACGCGCGGGAGCGGUUGCAGGACGACUCAGUGGAAACAGUCACGUCCAUUGAACAGGCAAAAGUAGAAGAAAAAAUCCAAGAGGUCUUCAGUUCUUACAAGUUCAACCACCUUGUACCAAGGCUUAUUUUGCAGAGGGAGAAGCACUUCCAUUAUCUGAAAAGAGGCCUCCGACACCUGACAGAUGCCUAUGAGUGUCUAGAUGCCAGCCGCCCAUGGCUCUGCUAUUGGAUCCUGCACAGCCUGGAACUACUGGAUGAACCCAUCCCCCAGAUGGUGGCCACAGAUGUGUGUCAGUUCCUGGAGCUGUGUCAAAGCCCAGAAGGUGGCUUUGGAGGGGGCCCUGGCCAGUACCCACACCUUGCACCCACGUAUGCAGCAGUCAAUGCGCUGUGCAUCAUUGGCACCGAGGAGGCCUACGAUGUCAUUAACAGAGAGAAGCUUCUCCAGUAUUUGUACUCGCUGAAGCAACCCGAUGGCUCUUUUCUCAUGCACGUAGGAGGUGAGGUGGAUGUGAGAAGUGCCUACUGUGCUGCAUCAGUAGCUUCUCUGACCAACAUCGUCACUCCAGACCUGUUUGAGGGCACUGCCGAAUGGAUAGCAAGGUGCCAGAAUUGGGAAGGUGGAAUUGGCGGGGUGCCAGGGAUGGAAGCCCACGGUGGCUAUACUUUCUGUGGCCUGGCUGCACUGGUCAUCCUCAAGAAGGAGCGUUGCUUAAACUUGAAGAGCUUAUUACAAUGGGUGACGAGCCGGCAGAUGCGGUUUGAAGGUGGGUUUCAGGGCCGCUGCAACAAGCUGGUGGAUGGCUGCUACUCCUUCUGGCAGGCAGGGCUCCUGCCCCUGCUCCACCGCGCGCUGCACGCCCAAGGUGACCCUGCCCUCAGCAUGAGCCGAUGGAUGUUUCAUCAGCAGGCACUACAGGAGUACAUUCUCAUGUGCUGCCAGUGCCCUGCCGGGGGCCUUCUGGAUAAGCCUGGCAAGUCCCGAGACUUCUACCACACCUGCUACUGCCUGAGCGGCCUGUCCAUAGCCCAGCACUUCGGCAGCGGAGCCAUGCUGCACGACGUGGUCCUGGGUGUGCCGGAAAACGCCCUGCAGCCCACUCACCCUGUAUACAAUAUUGGACCAGAUAAGGUGAUCCAAGCCACCAUGCACUUUCUACAGAAGCCGGUCCCAGGCUUUGAGGAGCAUGAGGAUGAGGCAACAGCAGAGCCUGCCACUGACUAGAGGACACGAGGUCCCACGGGUCUGUGUUCACCCACCUCCCCAGUCAGACCAAGGUUUAUACAUUUCGAUACACACUGCAUUCUGUGCUGCACAAGCCUUGGCCACUGUGGAGUUUGGUUCUUUGUCCUUUCUUGUUAAACAAAACCGAUGGCUCCCAGUCUAGAGAACGCAGUGGCCUGGUUUUUUAAAGAUUCUUUCCAUUCCUGUUAAACCAAAAAUCUACCGGCCAUGCGGCAUCUGAACCUGGCUCUGACCUGGCCGGGGUUGGCUGGGGAACAGUGCAUGCUGGGAAGGAGCAGCCCUCUCGCCAGUGCUCCGGUCUGACCAUGGCAUUGGAAUGAAUGAAUGUCAGAGUAUUACCGUAUCCAGAGCCGCUGCUGCCCUUCCUACUCGCACCACCAUUCAGCCGCCAGAAGGUGGCUUCCCAUGGGUGGACAUGAGUCUGCUCGCUGCCAGGUGGGGACCUUAGGUCCCACCAAAAUGAAUUCUCCAGGAAAAGAAUGUGGUGGGGCUUCACUCUGAGGUGCCCGAGGCCCCCACCUCCCACCCUGGUCACCUGCAGGGGAAGGAGCUGGGGUCGGGGGAGAAAGGUCUUGGGAGAUGUGAGUCCCUCCCUGCCCACACUGGGCACUGACCACACAUCUCCAUGGCCAGCCUUGUGCACAGGCAGGACUUGCUUCAGCCCCUGGGGUGGUGACCUAGACCCGGAAAACCAAUUAUGAGUGAAAAAUGAACCUUUAGAUCAACUCUGUGCCAGAGGAAGCAGGAGCCUCAGAGCCCACCCCCCAGGCCCCCCACAUCAUGUGCCCCCAAAAAACCCCUCUGAUGGCUGCAAAGCAGCGCCUUCAGUCCCUGGCCAGUCUCGGUGUUGCCAUCUUUCUUCUACCGACUCCCAGCCCACCCUUCUCAGGCAGUGUUGUCUUCUCUCACCCAGAGUAUUAACACUACUAAGUCUUUCACCUUCAUUUCUGACUCAGGAUUUAUUCCCAUCCUACCCACUCCAGGCUUACAGAAAUAAAAUCAAGUGCUAGAUAAGCUGGUUGCCGCCAAGGCAGUAGCCAUGUAUACCUGGCCGGGGCAGGGCUGAGCGCUGCCCACCCAGGAGAACCCUUCCUUAGUCAGUGGGGUAUUGAGUUGGGUCACCUGUCCACUGCCACAGUCACAGCAAGUGCCAUGUUGCUGGUCUGGCCUUCCUGUAAGCAGCCGUGGGCUGUGGGCAGAUGGGGGCCCGGAGAUGCAGCAUGAGGCUCUUCUCAACAACUUUGGCCGUCUGCUGCCUCUAAUUCCCUAGUGCUUUGACGUUUGGGGCUGUGUAUUACCUCCUUGAAAUAAUAAAAGAAUAACAUUUUCUA